AGCGAAGUUUAAUAAAUUUUAGUUUUGUUUACUUAUAUGUGUUAAGUAUUUACAUCGCCUAAAAGUACUUGUAAAGUUAUUAAGUUAAGACCAAAAAAUAUUUGGACGAUGAAGAAAAAUUCAAGGAAUUCAAGAUUGAUUGAGUGUCUUUAGCAUUCAAAAGUGUUAAAAGAUGUUCAAGUCGUGCUGCAUCUUCCAUACUAAGUUAGGAGGUGUAUGGGAUGGAAUGAGCUAGUACGUGUGUGGGACGGGGUGUGAGAAUAGAGUGCUCUCUCUAAUUAUCCUAAAUGACCGUAGCAACAUUCUUUGGGCUCCCGAAUUUAACAGCCCGAGGAGAGAAAACGGGACAGAGUCUAUCUUGCUUUAUGAUAAAAUUAGCGGUUUCUUCUUUUUUUGUACAUUGCCUCAGAAUUCCACUAUUCUAAUUCUCACUCCGUCCGUUUCUGCUGUUACCUGACCCCAAAAUGUUGUCUACGGUGGUUCCUCGAUUCCAAAUUCUCCUAAUGCAGAGCCGCUCCGAUUCUAACCCUCGCCGUGGUUUUGGAAACAAGGAAGACAAUAAAGCCGACAAAGCCGGCAGCUCGGGCAACCAGAAGGGUAGGGUGUAUCAACCAAGGAAACCCAUUCCAAAACAAUCUAGUACAGUACCCACACAGGCACCUGCUGUGAGUUCCCGUAAUGAUGGAAAUUCUUAUAACAAAUCUUUGGACCUUCAGUUCGAAGAGCGACUUGAAGCAGUUAAAAGAUCAGCCCUUGAGAAGAAAAAGGCAGACAUUAAAAAAGAAUUUGGAGCAAUUGACUAUGAUGCACCGGUAGAAUCGGAAGAGAAAACAAUUGGAUUUGGUACCAAAAUUGGAAUAGGUGUUGCUGUUUUGGUCUUUGGCUUUGUUUUUGCGCUUGGAGACUUUCUGCCAUCCGGAAGUACCGGUCCUGAUAAGGAUUCUGUGGUGGAAAAUAUCAAACUAUCGAGAGAAGAAGAAAGUAAUCUUAAGAAUAUGCUCAAAGAAUACGAGGUUACACUUCGUAGCAACCCAAAAGAUCCAACUGCUUUGGAAGGUGCGGCAGUUACCUCAGCUGAGUUGGGUGAAUAUGCACAAGCAGCCUCUUUGCUUGAAGACUUGAUAAAGGAGAAGUCGGAUGAUUCUGACAUUUUCCGCUUGCUUGGGGAAGUAAAAUAUAAGCUUAAAGAUUAUGAUGGGAGUGUUGCGGCUUACAAGAGUGCCACAAAGUUAUCUGAAGAUGUCAAUUUUGAGGUUCUACUUGGCCUUACGAAUUCUCUACUUGCUGCGGGGAAACCAGAUGAGUCUGUUCAAUUCCUUUUGGACUGUCGGGAACAUCUCAAAAGUGUAAAAUUAGGAGAGGGCAAGGAAAUGGAAACAAAAUUAUCGAUUGAUCCUGUACAAGUUGACUUACUGCUUGGAAAAUCAUACUCAGAUUGGGGACAUGUUAGUGAUGCUGUAUCUGUUUAUGAUCAACUUAUCUCCAGCCACCCUAAUGACUUCCGUGGUUACUUAGCUAAGGGAAUUAUUCUAAAGGAAAAUGGUAGAUCUGGAGAUGCUGAGAGGAUGUUCAUCCAAGCCCGAUUCUUUGCUCCUGAGAAUGCCAAGAUGCUUGUAGAUCGGUAUUCUAGAUGACCUUAGCAUCUCCUACAUCACGUUUUGGUUCGUAUACACAAUUAUCGUUUAUCACCAUAAGCUUUGGAUCUACAAUUCGAAAAUCUGAAACACAGAAUGUGCGUUUUGAUGAUGUACAAUAGAAAUUUAAGAACAAUAUAUUGGAUAGAAAAGCAAGUUGUAUUUCAUGUAUUAUAUAUAUGUAUAUAUGUUUGUGUGUA